CACACGAACGUCAACGUUGUUUUCCCGCGGCAGUUCUUGUUGCGUCGCGCUCGCCGGAAAAGUUCAAAUUUCGCACCGAAAACCGCAUCCUCGCGCCCAAAAUCCGUGCAAUUCCGGUUCCCCGCAAUGGCCACUCCCGCACCGACGUCCCUGGACGUCACGGAUCUCAAGUUUAAGCUGCAGAACAAGGUUCCGGUGUUUGCCGGUGAUGGGACCGUCCGGGACGGGUGCUGCCUGUUGGCGGCGGCCAGCGUGCACGGGCUGGUGUUUGUGGGGACGACGGGGCCGCAGCUGCGCGUUCUGCAGCUGAGCAGCAUUACGCCGGACAAGGUGAUCGACGAGGUCGUUCCGCUGCGGACGGUGGCGUUGCCGAGCGAGCCGUACCAGCUGGCGGUUAGCUGUGACCAUGGGCUGCUGGCGGUGGACGUGGUCGUGGGUGGGGUUCCGUUUGUUUAUGUCUACUCGGUUCCGUCGUUUUUGACGCCGACGGUUGGGAAGUUGUACGAGAUUCGGACGUCGCCGGAGGGUGGAGUGAGGAGUACGCAGAUUUUGUGGAAUCCGGUAAUUCACAACAUGUUUUCGCUGCGGACGGAGAAUGGGGCGUUGUCGGUUUACACGUUGAAGGAAGGGUCCGGGUUUGAGUUUCACUCGUUGGACAAGGCUGAGGGGGCGAUUUGUGCCUGCUGGAGUCCCAAGGGGAAGCAGCUGGUGGUCGGGUUUGCGAAUGGGAAACUGGCGCAGUACAAGCCGGAUUUGAAGCUGGCGAGGACGAUCGUCUGUCCGGGUGGGGUUAUGGAAGGCGCGUUCGACGUGAUUGCGGUUCAGUGGCUGUCGACGUACCAGUUUGCGGCCGUUUUCAUGCCCAAAUCGGAUGAUAGCGUUCCGUCGUUGUUCAUCGUGAACGCUCCGAAGGUGGGCAAUCCGGUUUACAUCAAUUACGACGACAUCUGCUACAGCCAGAGUGGGCCCCGGAAGGGACAGGUCUUCCUGGUGCACAUCCUGCCGUGGAACCUGCUGUUGAUGGCGUCCGCGAACAGCAUGGAAGUGGGCAUUCUGGGCACGACCGAAACCGGCGAAACUCCGACCUGGUGCCAGUGGUCGACGACGGACGAGGCUCGGGCGGAACUUCCGCUCUCCGCCGACAAACAGGAGACAUUCCCCGCCGGUUUAGCCCUCGAAACUGGCUGCAAACAUCAGGUCCUCGUCGGCGAAGAAACGAUCCCGGUGAUGCCAAUGCUGCACAUGGUCUCCACCUACGGCCUGCUAGUCUCCUUCAACAUCCUGAACCUGACCCCGAACGUCCCGAACAUCUGCUCACCUCCGCGACCCGUCAACGACACUUCCGGCCAAUUUGAACGACUCGACUUCAGCAAACCUGCCCCGCAAGUCGCCGCCGCCGCACCACCCCAAGCCGCGGAGAUUUCCUUCGCCCUCCCAACUGGGGCCACCUCCACUCCGGCCAUCGCCAAAACCAAGUCGUUCUUCAGUCCCAGUGAGAACAAAAGCUCGAUGAACCUGUUUGGCGCGUCAACGACGACGACGGCUGCGGCACCAGCCGCAACGAUCACCCCGACCUUCGGCAAGCCGCUCACUUUCGGGGGAUUCGCUGCGCCAACGCCGCCGCAGCCGACUUCGGAACCGGUCAAGACCAGUCCGUUUGGUGGGACGCCGAGCUUCGGGUCGAUUGGGGGAUUUGCGCCUCCGGCGCAGCAGCCGGUGGCUGCUCAGUCAAGUCUGUUGAAGCAAACCCUCGCUCAACCGCCGAAGCAGGCUCCGGAACCGACUAAGCCGUUUGUAACGGUUCCGCCGACGUACACGCCGCCUGCGCCGACUCCAGCAGCCGAUUUGGCUCGGUCCGGGUCGUCGGGAAGUUUGGCGCAGCAAAAGCAGAAGCAGAAGCCGGUCGAGCCGUCCGAGGACACCAACUUCGUGAUCCGGUCCAUGAUCACGGAGGAGAUCCGGAAGUUUGAGAAGGAGCUGACGAACCUGCAGAGUCGCUGCCAGUCGCAGAGCAUCGCCAUCGGGACGAAGGAGGAGUCGGCGGGCAUGAUUAGGGACUUGAAGGAGUUGCAGGAUCUGAGCGUACAGGCGAGGGAGAGUACGGAAUCGCUGACGUCGGACGUGCAGGCGUUGCGGCUGGGGUUGAACGAGGCGUUCGCGAUGGUGGCGGAGGCGAACAGUAAGGACGGGAUAUUCAAGCACCCGAGUCCGAACAUGUUCCAGGAGACGCACGCCAUGAGUCAGUCCAGUCGACGGCAGUUGGCCAGCCUGCAGAACAACCUGGCGAUCAACGAGAACCAGCUGCAGAUCGUCAACAAGCAGCUGGACGCGCAGUGGUCUGCCAUCCAGGAAGCUAGCAGGGUCAACUCCCGGCGGAGGAUGCACGUACCGAGCUUGGAGGUCCUGUACCAAACCCUGUCCAAGCAGCAGGAGAUCCUGAACCGUCAACGGGACAAAAUCAGCGGUCUUAAGGGGAAGCUUGGCUUGCGCGAGAACAUCCGCGGAUUGGAAAAGAACCGCCGCAUGGCGGACCUCUCCGGCGACAACGGAACCACGGCGGCCAUAGACUCGCUGACCGACUCCAUCGUCGCGAUGAACAUCGGCGAGAAGAUCCGGGCGGACGCCCAGCGCAUGACGGACGCCAAAAUGGACGCACUGAGAAGGACGCUUCGUCAGCGGAAGAUCGUCACCGUCAAAGCGGGUCGUCCGGACCGGGUUGGCCUAAACUCCGAGGUCGUACGCGAGCGCCGCAACGAAGCCCGGCGCCAGAACCAGGAGAAACCUAAACAACCGGCGCCGAAACCAGUUCAGCAACCUCAACAACAGCCGAAACCGGUUCCGGUCAAAGUUCCGGAAGCUGCGCCUAAGUUUGAACUACCCAAAAGCGCAAUGCCGUCGUUUGCACCAAAACCUGCUCCGGCAGCCGCCACCGCAGCACCCGUUGCCAAACCGGCCACUUCCGGCGCGUUCAGCUUCGCGGCACCUUCAGCAACUGCUGCUGCUGCGGCAUCUGCACCAGUCCCCACUAGCAAGCCAGUGUUCAGCUUCGGUCCCUCAUCAGCCGCGACGUCAUCGCCUUUCGGCCAACCCGCGAAACCCAAAGAGCCGGAAAUCCCGAAGGAAACGACCCUUUUCGGCAGCACCACCAUCAAACCCAUCCAAGCAACCGUCGCUCCUCAAAAACCUAAAGAAAAAUCCGACUCAACUGCUCCUCCACCAGCGUACGGAUUCGGCACCAGCGGCCUAACCAUCCAAGCCAUUCCGAAAGCGCAAGACACCGCCGAACCACCAAAACCCACCGUCCUUGCGUUCGGAUCUAACAACAAUGGCGGCACCGCCGCCCCCAAACCAACCUUCGCCUUCGGCGCAGCCAACAAGGAACCGGUCUCGUUCGGAGUCCCGCAACCCCCACCAACCACCCCCGCCCUCAACCUCACCAAAGAAAAAGAAAACGAACCCGGCGUGAAACCGCUCGCCGACAAGCCGAAAAAGGACGCCGAACCACUCCCGGCCACCGCUGACCCAGAACCCGCGAAAUCCGCCUUCCCCGCACUGACAAACCUGCUCCAAAAGGUCGAUCCGGCGAAGCCGGAUGCAUCACCCGCCACAACGAAAUCACCCACCCUGUUCGGUUCCGUGGCCAAGACGACCUCCUCGAUCUUUGGCACGUCCUCUACGGCGACGAUCGCGCCCGGCACGGGUCUCUUUGGAAGCAUCAAGCCGGUAACGUCCACCGCGGCUGCAGGCAGCGGUCUUUUUGCGGGGGUUUCCUUUGGAAGCUCAACGGCAGCGACGACGACGACGGUGGAGAGUGGUUCCGGAAAUGUGACGACGACAACGAGUUCGACGCUGUUUGGAUCGAUCAAGCCGGCGGCGACGACGACGACGGCCAGUUCCGGGUUUUCGUUUGGAUUUGGAAGUGCCGCGGCGACGACGGCCAAGCCGACUGAUUUGUCUGUCAAAUCGGAUACGGUGAAGGCGGAAUCGAAAGAAGAGGUCAAAACCCCUCCCACUGCAACCUCCACAACCUCAACUGUUCCCCCAGUAUCAUCCACCGCAGUAUCCACAACUUCGGUGACUACAACUGCGGCAACCCCGGCACCCUCAACAACACCCGCAUCAACCACCACGGACACCACGUCGAACCUGUUUGGCUCGUUCAACAUUUGCUCACCCUCGACACCGCCGGAAACAUCCAAACCGGCCUCCUCCAGCAACAUCUUCGGAACAGCGGCUUUCUCGACUCCAAAGGCGGACACGACCUCGAUCUUUGGUGGUGCCUCCGCGGAAGCCAAACCCGAUUCUGCGUUUGGAAGUGUCACCCCUGCGGCAACGCCGGCAACGGGUCUGUUUGGAGCGGUGACCAGCAGCAAUGCCGCCGCGCCAGGAGCGGGAUCGUCAAUCUUUGGCGGAGGUUCUCCGUUUGGAACGCCGGCUUCGACAGCUCCCGCCACCGCCGGAAGUGGUCUGUUUGGGUCAAUAACUCCGGCGACAUCGCCCGUUGCUACAGGAGCGUCUACCGGGUCGAUCUUUGGGGGUGGAGCCACGGCGAGUCCGUUUGGAGCUGCGGCAGCUAGUGCAACGCCCGCGGCCACCGGAGGAAUCUUUGGUGGGGCGGCUUCCGCAGCACCCAGUUCCGGAGGGCUGUUUGGAUCGGUCGGUGCUAGUCCUGCUGCUGCUACUGGAGCAGCAACGGGAGGUUCCAUAUUUGGCGGGUCGUCCGCGUUCGGUGCCAGUGCCAACACGAGCAGUGGAAACAUCUUUGGCAGUGCCACGACCGGAACCACGGGUGGAUUUGGAUCGUCGGCGUUUGGGCAACCAGCUUCACCGGCACCAGCCCAGUCCAUCUUUGGAGGUGGUGCUAGCACACCUGCGUUCGGAGGUUCCAGUUUCGGAUCUCCGGCGCCCACCGGAGGAGCCUUCAGUCAACCAACCGGUAGCGUAGCGACGUCCGGUUUCGGAUCCCCAACUGCGUCCGCCUUCAAUAAGCCGGCGGCCUUUGGCGGAGCGCACACGUUCGGAGGCACACCGGCGUUCGGAGCAGCGCCAGCGUUCGGAUCGAAGCCGACCUUCGGAAGUCCGCCGGCAGUGGCGAGCGCCUUUGGCCAGCCAGCAGCGAACCCCACCAGCCCAUCAAACAACCUGUUCGAGCAGCUCGGCUCGUCCUCGCAGGGCGUUUCGUUUGGCAAUCUGGCCCAACAGUCGGCCCAGAAACCGGCCCAGUUUGGCGGUUCGUCGUUUUCCAGCUGGCGUUAGGACUAAGGUAACUGCUGUUUCUGUUUGUGGAAUAAUAAGCUUAAUGUUUUGCUGAAUCAUGCUUAA